UUAUGCAAAGGAAGUAAAUCCUAAAGUCAUAGUAUGUUUGAGUCUGUAUAUCACUGUUUGCUCUGUGAUAUGGAAAAACUAGAGGAUUUAACAUUCCUUGAAGUUUUAUUGGAAGCAAAACUGUGUUAGAGACGCAGAUAUACAGUGUAAGUUUUUUCUUUUUGGCAAUCGUAUUUGCUUUGAAGGAGCCAACUAUCAGCUGGAUUUCACAGCAUAAGCGAUUUAUAGUCUUUGUUUUAUCAAGGCCUUAAAUGGGUGUUUUAUACUGAGCAGAUGGGAACCACAUUGAGCACUCUGUUUGACAUGAUCGCCUAAGGAAAGGAACUCCCUGAUGGAUCAUGGCGUUAAUGUUUACAGGACAUUUCUUAUUUUUAGCAUUAGUGAUGUUUGCUUUCUCAACUUUUGAGGAAUCUGUAAGCAAUUACUCUGACUGGGCAGUUUUUGCAGAUGAUAUAGAUCAGUUUAAGACACAGAAAGUGCAAGAUUUCAGAUCCAACCAAAAGCUGAAAAAAAGCAUGCUUCAUCCAAGUUUAUAUUUCGAUGCGGGAGAAAUCCAAGCAAUGAGACAAAAGUCUCGCACAAGCCAUUUGCAUCUUUUCAGAGCUAUCAGAAGUGCAGUGACAGUCAUGCUGUCCAACCCAACAUACUACCUACCUCCACCCAAGCAUGCUGAUUUUGCUGCCAAGUGGAAUGAAAUUUAUGGUAACAAUCUGCCUCCUUUAGCACUGUACUGUUUGCUAUGCCCAGAAGACAAGGUUGCCUUUGAAUUUGUCUUGGAAUAUAUGGACAGGAUGGUUGGCUACAAAGACUGGCUAGUUGAGAAUGCACCAGGGGAUGAGGUCCCAGUUGGCCAUUCCUUAACAGGCUUUGCCACUGCCUUUGACUUUUUAUAUAACUUACUAGAUGAUCACCGAAGACAAAAAUACCUGGAGAAAAUAUGGGUGAUUACCGAGGAAAUGUAUGAAUAUUCCAAGGUCCGCUCAUGGGGCAAACAACUUCUUCAUAACCACCAAGCUACUAACAUGAUAGCACUGCUCACCGGGGCCUUGGUGACCGGGGUAGAAAGAGAAUCCAAAGUAAAUUUAUGGAAACAAGUUGUAGUAGAUGUGAUGGAAAAGACCAUGUUUCUGUUGAAUCAUAUUGUCGAUGGUUCUUUGGACGAAGGUGUGGCGUAUGGGAGCUACACAGCUAAAUCAGUCACACAGUACGUUUUUCUGGCCCAGCGCCAUUUUAACAUCAACAACUUGGAUAAUAACUGGUUAAAAAUGCACUUUUGGUUCUAUUACGCCACCCUUUUACCGGGCUUCCAAAGAACUGUGGGUAUAGCAGAUUCCAAUUAUAAUUGGUUUUAUGGUCCAGAGAGCCAGCUGGUUUUCUUGGAUAAGUUCAUCUUAAAGAAUGGAGCUGGAAAUUGGUUAGCUCAGCAAAUUAGAAGGCACCGACCUAAAGAUGGACCAAUGGUCCCCUCCACUGCCCAGAGGUGGAGUACUCUUCACACUGAAUACAUCUGGUAUGACCCCCAGCUCACCCCACAGCCUCCUGCUGAAUAUGGUACUGCAAAAAUGCACACAUUCCCUAACUGGGGUGUUGUUACUUAUGGGGCUGGGUUGCCAAAUACCCAGACCAAUACCUUUGUGUCUUUUAAAUCUGGGAAACUAGGCGGUCGAGCUGUGUAUGACAUAGUUCACUUUCAGCCAUACUCCUGGAUUGAUGGGUGGAGAAGCUUUAACCCAGGACAUGAGCAUCCAGAUCAGAACUCAUUUACUUUUGCUCCCAAUGGGCAAGUAUUUGUUUCCGAAGCUCUCUAUGGACCCAAGUUGAGCCACCUUAACAACGUAUUGGUGUUUGCGCCAUCACCCACGAGCCAGUGUAAUAAGCCCUGGGAAGGUCAACUGGGAGAAUGUGCACAGUGGCUCAAGUGGACCAGUGAGGAGGUUGGUGACGCAGCAGGGGAAAUCAUUACUGCCUCUCAACAUGGGGAAAUGAUAUUUGUGAGUGGGGAGGCAGUGUCUGCUUACUCUUCAGCAAUGAAGCUGAAAAGCGUGUAUCGCGCUUUGCUUCUCCUAAAUUCUCAAACUUUGCUGGUUGUCGAUCACAUUGAGAAGCAAGAUGAUUCCCCAAUAAAAUCUGUCAGUGCCUUCUUUCAUAACCUGGAUAUUGAUUUUAAGUACAUCCCAUAUAGGUUUAUGAACAAGUAUAAUGGCGCCAUGAUGGACGUGUGGGAUGCACACUACAAAAUGUUUUGGUUUGAUCACCAUGGCAGUAGCCCCGUUGCUAGUAUACAGGAAGCAGAGCAAGCUGCUGAAUUUAAGAAACGGUGGACCCAGUUUGUUAAUGUUACGUUUCAGAUGGAAUCCACAAUCACAAGAAUUGCAUAUGUCUUUCAUGGGCCAUAUGUCAAUGUUUCCAGCUGCAGAUUUACUGAUAAUUCCAACUCUGGACUUCAGAUUUCUCUCAACGUCAACAAUACUGAACAUGUUGUCUCCAUUGUAACUGACUACUACAACCUGAACGCAAGAUUCAAUUACCUGGGAUUUGGUGGCUUUGCCAAUGUGGCCGAUCAGGGCCAAAUCACCCGAUUUGGUUUGGGCUCUCAAGCAAUAGUAAGGCCCAUAAGACAGGAUAAAGUUAUUUUCCCCUUUGGAUUUAAAUUUAAUAUAGCAAUUGGGUUGAUUUUGUGCAUUAGCUUGUUGAUUUUAACUUUUCAGUGGCGGUUUUACCUUUCUUUUAGAAAGCUAAUGCGAUGGAUCCUAAUACUUGUUGUUGUCUUGUGGUUUAUCGAGCUCCUGGACGUGUGGAGCACUUGCACUCAGCCCAUCUGUGCGAAAUGGGCAGGGACGGAGAUGGAGGCCAGCACGAAGCCUGUGUCUUCCCAAGGGCACCACGUUGAUCGUCCCGAUGUUGUCAUUACCUCACUUCCUGGUUCAGGAGCUGAAAUUCUCAAACAACUAUUUUUCAACAGUAGUGAUUUUCUCUACAUCAGGGUUCCCACAGCCUACAUUGAUAUCCCUGAGACGGAAUUUGAAAUUGACUCCUUUGUAGACGCCUGCGAAUGGAAGGCAUCAGAUAUCCACAGUGUGCAUUUCCGUCUACUCCGAGGCUGGCUGCAGUCUUUAGUCCAAGAUACAAAACUGCAUUUGCAAAACAUCCAUCUGCAUGAAUCCAGCAGGGGUAAACUGGCCCAAUAUUUUAUAGUGAAUAAGGACAAGAAAAGAAAAUCGAAGAGGAGAGAGUCUUUGUCCGAACAAAGAAGUAGAAUGAAAGGCGCCUUUGAUAGAGAUGCUGAAUACAUUAGGGCUUUGAGGAGACACCUGGUUUACUUCCCAAGCGCACGGCCUGUGCUCAGUCUAAGCAGUGGGAGCUGGACCCUAAAGCUUCAUUUUUUUCAGGAAGUUUUGGGAUCUUCGCUGAGGGCAUUGUAUGUAGUAAGGGACCCUCGGGCGUGGAUUUAUUCAAUGCUGUACAGCAGCAAACCAAGUCUUUACUCUCUGAAGAAUAUACCAGAGCGCUUAGCUAAACUGUUUAAAGUAGAGGGAGGUAAAGGCAGAUGUAGCUUAAAUUCGGGCUAUGCUCUGGAGUAUGAAUCAUUAAGGAAAGAAUUAGCAAAACCCAAGUCCAACGCAGUCUCCCUGUUGUCUCAUUUGUGGUUGGCACACACAGCAGCAGCCCUGAGAAUAAACGCAGAUUUGCUACCUACCAGCUACCAGCUGAUCAAGUUUGAAGAUAUUGUGCAUUUCCCCCAGAAAACCACUGAAAGGAUUUUUGCCUUCCUUGGCAUCCCUUUGUCUCCUGCUAGUUUAAACCAAAUAUUGUUUGCCACUUCCACGAACCUUUUCAAUCUUCCCUAUGAAGGGGAAAUAUCACCAAGUAAUACUAAUGUUUGGAAACAAAACUUGCCUAGAGAUAAAAUUAAGCAGAUUGAAAACAUCUGCUGGACACUGAUGGACCGUCUAGGAUACCCAAAGUUUAUGGACUGAGUGCUGCAGGUCAGCAGAAAUUUGCACUAAUACUUUCCAACCCAAUUGUGGACAUGAAUUAGAAGAGUUUGUUUAUUCUUGUACUGUGUGUGUGUGUGUGUGUGUGUGUGUGUGUGUGAGAGAGAGAGAGAGAGAGAGAGAGAGAGAAAAGAGAAGAGAAUGUGUGUGUUCAGUUAAUUACUUGCACAGAGAGAUUGUUUUAAAAAUAGACACCAUAUUUGGCAGAGCACAAUUUAAUUUUUAUGUCACUACUUUCUUGCCUUGGUUUCUGAAUUGUUUUCUGCUAAAGUGCUUCCACUACAGAGGUGCAGAUGAAGUUCUAUUGUGGUCAGGAAAUACAGGAAGAUUUUUAAAGUUUUUGUCUUAACUCUCUUCAUCUACAACUGUGCUAAUGUGUCCCGGAACCUCAAAGACUGCUCAAGGCCUUCGGUGGCUGUUUUACCCAAGCAUCUCUUGCUUUUAAGAUGGACUACAGAGGUUCCUUAGCUUUUUAUAAAAGGUCUUCUAACAUGUUUAUCCUGCACUAGAAAAUAAAUCCUUUACUGUGUAUAAUGUUUAGUGAUAUCACUGGGGAAAUGGUGGAAACUUCUGUCUGAACUAUAGGGUUCCUUCUAUAAAAUACAGAUGGACAUACAGAAGGAAUAUAGUUUUUUGCAGGUCAGAAACAGAGCUAAACAGCCUCCUUAACGUUUUCUCCUUUGAAGUAAUGGAAUCAGUCUUUGCAUAAUCUGGGUGCCAAGGGCUGGUGGAGUAUUUUGGACCUGCUUGCCUGUGUAAAACUCCUUUCUUUGUAUUGCCUCCUUGAAGCCACAGCUGCUAGCAUCACACCACUCCCAUCCUGUCCCUUUUGUCACUGUCAUACAGAAUCAGUCGCAGUUACUGAUGGCUAAACUCCCUGUAUUUUCCAGGAUUUCCCCCCCGAUGAUUAAUUUUGCAUUAAAGCCUAACACAGACUUAGAAUGAAACUUCUUUUUGUGGAAUUAUCACCGUAUGACUCAAAGGAAGCUGAGCCACCACGGGCUGCGUGUUUUUUUUUUUAGACUAGAAGCAGAGUUGGAAAACUGCCUGACUUGUCUCGCAUCCUUUGAAUGAGUUUACAGACUGCCAGUGUGGGCAAAUGGGAGAUGAUGUCAGAGGCAUCUGUUUCCUUUACCAUCUGCAUCUUAUUAGAAAUGUCGUCGUCAUCGAAUGCGGUUCAUUCUCUUUUGGUAGACGCUGAAAUCCAAAUGCUGUGCCAGUAGAAGCCAGUGGAGUAAUUACAAUGUACUGGAUGAAAACUAUUAGGCAGUGUGGAGACUUGAUGAAAUCUCUGUACAGAUUGCAGUCUUCUUCCUGAUGUUGCAAACUGUCGUUUCCCCCAAGCUCUCUAACACUUGGGCGUCUGUUAUUCUGACCUAGAUAAAAGUGGUUCUUUCUCAGUACUUUGUUAUUGUGACAAAAUGUGCCUGCAGAGUGAUAAAGCUGUGGAUAUGUUCCAUUCCAGCUAAACCUCACUUGGCUGUCAUUUCCCCCCAUAUAGUGUGAAUGAAUGCAGGCCACUCCUACUCUGCUUAUAUACUCGAUUUUCUUCCCGGAGCUCCCAUGACUUUUUCUCUACAAUGUCAAAAUGAAUGAAAGUCAUAUUAACAUAGGUUGAGAGGGCAGCUAAAGACCUGAAUCUACACUGUUAUUGCCAAGGAAGACAAUAACCUUCCUGUUUGAGGGUUAUCAACAAGCAUGUAAAAUUGCUACACAGAUGUUAACAAUAUUUUCAUAAUUGGUCAGAGUCUCAGUGUUUGCUUUCAAUUCCCAGGAUGUGGGAUCUCAAAUGAGAUCCAAUAAAAAGGCUUUGGGUUGGCAGUAAUAUCAGGUCUGAUCAAGGUAAGAAUUAGACUUGUGUAGGUAACAAAUAAGAAAAUGGAAGCUAUACCACUGUCUUUCUUUUAAAAUUUUAUAGAAAUGUGCCCAUGGGCAGAAGAGAGCCAGGUUCAUUCAGUACGUGGAGGAAAGAAGGGGAAAAUGAAAAAGAGUAGUUCUGUGAAUGAGUAAGGGAACAUGUUAUUGAUAGCUAAUGAAAGUGACAUGGUUAAUAAAAUGAGCUUCACAGUGUAUCCUAACUUGCACCUCCUCCUCCCCCAGCAAUGUCAAGGUGAAUUUUCCUGUCCCUGUACUCACCCCCUCCUGCCCCAAGGGAAAGUUUGCUGAAAGAGAAGACCUAUUUGCAGAUGCUCCUGUGAGGAAUAUUCUAUGUGGAGAGGCACUGAACAUACAUGCAUAUGUUCAUGCUUGGGGACCCCUGCCUUGUCAUCUCAAUACCUAAGGUGACUGACUCUCCCCAAACACCCAGGUCCUACACUCUUAGGAUGUUACCUAGGAAAAAAUUUGACCAGAUUCUACACUUACUCUUAUCAUCUUAAAAAUAAAGCAGCAAUAAUCACUAUUGUGACGCUUCCAAAAGAAACAAAAUGUCCUCUGUAAAUUCGAUCCCUUCAUUAACUUCCCCAAACUUCAGCCCAGUUGCGAUAAAAGCCUUUAUUAAAAUAAGAGCAUUUAAGUCUUGAAACUUUGAAAGAAUGUGUUUUGCUGGCACAAGUAACAUAAGUAAAUAUAGUGAUAAUAAUCUGUUUUUCCAAAGUGGAAUAAUGUUAAUUACUCAUUUUGGAUGGAAUGUGCUCUACCCAGAGUUGAAUUUACUGUAAUAAAAAUUCCAGGAAGGAUAGGAAAUGGGAGAAUCUGUUCAGGAGAAAAAAAAGAUAAAUCUAUGAAUGCAGUUUAAUUUAUAUAAACCUGGAGAGGCACAAGUUUUAAGCAGAUGACACAAGGAUGCAUACAUAUUAGGCCUAGACCCCAUAUAUUGGACAUUUGAUUGACAUUUUUAGACAGGAAGAAGUAGUAAAUGCCUGGCAAGAAUGGGAUGGUUAUGUCAAACUCCCAGGCAUGGAGGAGGACUGGCCACAUCACCCGCAGUGAAUAUAUUCAAGAACUACUCCACACACGCAAGUAUGUUUUGUUUCUUCUGUGGACAUGCUACCCUCUUUUGGCCACUUGUAAUUUAUGUCAUUUAUCAGUAGAGUUUGCGGUGCAUUAUCAUAGAUCCCAGACAGUCCUGAUAUAUAAAGAAUAUCACAUUCAAUUUUCUAUGAGUAAAUAUUAACAAUGAUUUAAAAAUAUUGCUAUGUUUGAUCAUAAACUAGUUCAUUGGAACUACAUGUAUAACAAGACUCCUCUCUUACUAAAUAAAAAGCUAAAAGCAAGUUGGCCAUGGUUGGGAUAAUUUGUAAUAGCCCUCUUCUUUAGGUCUUGGUUAACUGUUAGGAUUCUGUAUGGAGCUGAGAAGGCAGACAAUGGGAAAUGCAGUUGAAUAUUGACAUAUAGUCCUACACUUUCAGCCACUAAACUUGCACCGUUCAGUAGCCUUGCCUCUACUCUUCUAAUUUAAUUCCAAGUUCUGUCUCUGACUUGCACAGUCUUCUGCAUACAUCUUCCCAACUUACUAAAUGGCAAGAACAUCCCUAUACUAUGUAUUUGUGCUCUCCAUCUGUCCCUCCUGCCACUGGUAAGAUCUUCCAGUAUGAUCUCUCUAAAAAGAGGUUCUUGCAGGUUGCUUGAGACAUUCUAAGUUAGUGAUGCAUGAGGUUGGCACAGGGAAGACUUUUUUUUUUAAAGGGAUGUAGCAUCUAUCAUGAAUUAAUCUCAAUAUGUGCUACAAAUUGAACCAUAAGUUUUCAUGUAUCUCAUUACAAUCCUCACAAGAACUCUCUAUGGUAUUUAUUUACAGAUAAAUGUGAAAUCCAUAUUAUCUCUAUGGGGAAUAUGCUUUGUGAAAUAAUGUUGAGUGAAUUUACAAUUAAUUCAUUGUUUACCAUACUUUUUUGGCUAUGUCCAGGUAUUGAUUAGCAUGAGGGAAGAACACAAAAAUUGGUUGACUAUGACCCUACUCUGUAGGGACUUGGCAAUCUCUAGAGACUUCAGAAUUUAUCAAGGAGAAGAGAGGCAGGCAGGUAGAGAUGACCACUGGAUGAAAGGCAUCAGAAAGUCUUAUCUGUCCUGUAGUUGACACGGUUUAUUUGUUCCUGAAACUGCGGUUAGGAGGGAAGAGUAGUUUAAAGAGGGAGUUUUUGGUAAAUUUGGAUAGAGAUCACCACCUAUUCUUAUUUAGGUUUUGACUCUAUAGUUGUCAUGGCACCUGCCAUUGAUUUCCAAAGAGACAUGCAAAUAGAACAGAAGCACUGACGCUUGCCCUCUUCCUAUUGCCUCUCACUCAACUUCCCCAGCACAUUUACUACAAAGAAAUCCGGUCCGUCACUGAAUACCAAUGUCCCGAAGAGCACAUGGUCUGCGGAGUUCAUGCUGGUUAUUGCUGGUAAUGGCAGGAAGAAUAACUCAAUGUAUUUCAUCUUAUUCACUUUAAUGCCAUACAUACCAAAGGAUUAUCUCAAAAAUUAAUCUAUAUACAAUAAUGCUUUCCUGUUAAUUCACAUGUCAUUCACACAUAUAAUUUGGGUUGGACUAAAAGUACCUUAUCCUCUGCUUGGUGCUUUGUACGUUUGGAUGCUUUCUGUCUUCCAUGGCUGUAGGUGAGGACCCAGGAGCAAAUCCCAGAGCCUCCAGCCAGAAACUCAGCCUCCCAAUGAAAAGUACACCUCUGCAUUGGGACCAAGCGCCACAGACCUGUGAGAGUGCGGCUCAUACUCUUGAUGGACAGGGAUUCCUUUGCUAUGGUUGGGGUUUUUUUGGAUAUUGCUGUCCACACCCUGCUAUGGUUCACUGUAUGUGAAUUAGAAAACACUAUUGUGUUGAUCCUGGAGUAUGCCAGCUCUGCUGCACCUGUGUAUCAAACCGUAGGAAUUAUGGAUAUGCAAAAUAGGUUCCUCUGUGAUAUUGAUCAGUUUCUGUGGUCAGAGGUGGGACUUAGCAUCAGAAUUCAUAUACUCACACAUUCUAUAAUCUGGUGCCAGACAUCAAAGAUCUGAAAGAUAUUAAAAUGAACACAAGUAUACAUGUCAUCUACUCUGAGAAAUGCACAAUUAAUUCUGACUUUCCAUGAUCACAUUCUCCUGUUUCCACCAACUACCCUAGAGGUGAAUGUUUAUCCUGCAUUUUCUGUUUACCAUUCCCUGUAUUUUCUUUAUAGCUCCACCACACACAUCUCUUCUUAUCAACAUAUUGUAGAUUUUUUCAUGUUUUGCAACUUUUUGUAAACAGUAACAUAUUGCAUAUAUUACUGUGCAACUUGCUUUGCUUUGCCCAAAAUUUUGUCUAAUGCAUCUUGAUUUUGUAGGUGACCACUUAUUUUCAACAUGGUAGUGUUCCAUUAUAUGUAUAUGCCACUUUCUGAAUAUUCCAUACUUUAUCUUUCUUUUAUCCUGUUGGUGGAUUUGGAGAAUAUUUUUGCAAAUUCCAACAUUGUAUAAAAAAUUCUCAAGUAUGUUCUAUAUAUAAGAAUGCUGUGUUUUGUUUGUACCCAGAACCUUCCCACCCACUCCCACCCCAGCCUCCUCCCUAGUAUAUGUAUCCAGGGCUGAAAGCUCACCCUUGGCUAUUCUGGACAAUGCCAAGGUAUUAUUUCUCAGAUUGUCUGUACCAAUUGACACUCCAGCCAUCAUAGGAAAGUUUCUGUUGUUCCCAAUGUUCUCUUGUACUUGACAGUUUCAGAGUUUUUAAUACUUUCCUGUCUGGGUAUCACAUUUUUGUUUUCAUUUGCACUUUCUGACUAUUAAUGACAUAUAGCCUAUAUGCACCUGAGCAUGAGCACAUGCACAUGUAUAGUCGUCCUUAUUGUUUUCCAUCUGUAGUUUGUAAAAUGAAGUCCAUGUUCGUGUCUUUUAUCCAUUUUUCGAGUUCGUUUUUUCUUAUUAAUUCAUUGAAGUUUGUCAUAUAUUAAUAAUAGAAUUUUUGUUAUAUGUGCUAUGAAUAACUUCUUUGCUUCUAUUUUCAUGAUCUUUGUACUAUGAUUUGUGUAAUCUAUUUUGCUACACAGGUGUCUUUGAUUUGAAUGUAAGCAAAUAUGUCAGUGUUUUCUUUUAUUAUUUAUAGUUUUUUGUCUUAUUAAAGAAUCUUUUCCAGAGUCUUGGCACUAAAAAUACCCUCCUCUAUUUUCCUCUAAACCUUUUAAUACUUUUAUUGGAUGUCUAUUGCUGUAGAACAAAAUUACCACAAACUUAAUGGCUUAGAACAACACACUGAUUAUGUCAGAGUGUUGGCUGGCACUGGGAUCUCAUCUGACACUCACCUGGAGAAGCAUCUGCUUCCCAGCUCCGUGGUUAUUGGCAAGAUCCAGUUCCUUGUGGGUUCUUGGACUAAAAGCCUUAGUUCUUUUCUAGCUUUUGGCUGAAGACCACCCUUAGUCAUGACCACAUGGGCUUCUUCGUAUGACAGUUUACUUCAUGAAAGCCAGGAUGGAGCGAAUCAGUAGAGAAACUACUAACAAUGUAGCUCAAUUGGAAGUGACACCCAAUCAGCGUUGGUUAGUAACAAGUCACAGGUCCUCACACCCAAGGGAUUACAUAAGAUCACGAAUACCAGGUGUAACAAUGGGGGUCAUUUUAGAGCUUAUCUGCCAUAGAUUUUUGUCUUUUAAUAUUUCAGGAUUUAAUCUGCUUUAUGUUAAUUAUUGUGUUGAUUAGAAUUUUUUUUUCCUUAUGAAUAAACCUGUUAUCCUAGACUGAAAAGAUUGAAACCCCUUUCUUUCCCACUACCUUUCGAUGCUAUCACUACAACAUACCAGGUUGUCUAUUUUGUAUGAGUCUAUUUCUCAGCUCUCUACUUUAUUCCACUAGCAAAUUUAAUAAAGCCACUGACAAUACCACACUGUCUUAAUUACUAUAGUCAUUUUGUUAGCCUUGAAAUCUGGCAAGGCAAGUCUUUUUAUUUUCUUUUUCCUCAUUUUGUCUUAGAUUUUCUUAAGCCUUUAUUCUUCCAUGUGCAUUUUAGACUUAGUUUGCACAGUUUCUCAAAGCUUACAAACAAGGUACAUGUUCAUUGUAAAUGCAUUAAAUCAACUUUGAGAGAAUUGACCUCUUUACAUUAAUUAAUCUCUGUUCACGAGCAUGGUAUGUCUCUCCUAUAUGAUACUUAUUAAUCUUUUGAUAGAUGUCUCUGAGCACUUUAUAUUGUUAUUACAGUAGAUGACAUUUGUUAAUUAUAUGUUCAAUUAUAUAUAGAAAAAGAAUUGAUUUUUGUGUAUUUGUAUUAUAUCAGGGACCUUAUUAAUUCUUCUUACUAAUUUAAUAAUUGACUUGUAAAUUCUUUUGAAAUAAAUGGUUUUGCAAUUGUAAUUUAUGAGAAUUAUGGUAUUUCCUUCCUCUUACUCGUAACUUUUUAAUGUUCUUACUGCAUUUGUUAGGACCUCCUGUAAAAUACUGAAAGGAUUUGGUGAUAGUGAGUGUUCUUGUACUGUUCCUAUGUGAAUGCAGUGCUUCCAGAUAUCACCACUGAGCAAUGGAUGCGGUGUGUAUUUCAUAGACUCACCUUAUCUGGAUGUGGUACUCCUUUCUAGUCCUGCUUUGGUAAAUGACUUCUUAUCAUCAAUGUAUAAUAGGAUUUAUUCAGUGCUUCUGAUGCAUUUAUUGUGAUAGUUGUAUGUUUAUUUGCCUAUAUCUGUUAGUGUGAAAAUAUCUGUAUUAUAUGAAAAAUAUAUUUUAUUUUGAGAUUAAAUCAAACUUGGUUGGCUAUGAUAAA